CAAUUGUCAAAUUGUCAUACGCGUCGCCAAUGUGAUAGUGAGCGAUCGUUGGCUAUCUGUUAUCAUUUUGUAUUGUAAAUGUGGUGUGUUUACGUGAUGAUGAGAAACCACACAUUAGAAUACCUUAUAAUUAAGUGAUAAGUGUGUUUUAAGUUUAGUGUGCCGUUGAUAAAAUUGGUUGUUUUUUUGUAUGUCACCGGACUUCCAACAUGGCGGCUGCCCGACACAAAUCACAACAGAAGAACAUAUCGUCGAUAUUUUCUAAGCUACACGGCGCAUUUUCUGACGCCGUGUGCCCUACAAAGUUCGCAACGGAUAAAAGAACAUUAGACAAAACUUGGAAACUAAUGGACAAAGUGGUAAAACUAUGUCAACAUCACAAAAUGAAUUUGAAAAACAGUCCCCCUUUUAUUUUGGAUAUUUUGCCGGACACAUAUCAGAGAUUGCGUGUAAUUUAUAACAAAUACGAGGAUAAUAUGCAAGCUUUGAAUAGUAAUGAACAUUUUAAUAUAUUUAUAAAUAAUUUGAUCCGUAAAUGUAAGCAAGCUAUAAAGUUGUUCAAAGAAGGUAAAGAGAAGAUGUUUGAUGAGAACUCACAUUAUAGGCGUAAUUUGACGAAAUUGAGUUUAGUGUUUAGUCAUAUGUUAAGUGAAUUAAAAGCGAUGUUUCCCAACGGAACAUUCGCUGGUGACCAGUUCCGUAUAACCAAGAGUGAUGCGGCCGAAUUCUGGAGAACAAACUUUGGGAACAGCACUCUGGUGUCAUGGAAGAUCUUCCGUGAGGAACUGAACAACGUGCACCCGAUAUCUUCCGGCCUGGAGACCAUGGCGCUGAAGACGACGAUAGACCUCACUUGUAACGACUUCAUCUCAAACUUCGAGUUCGACGUGUUCACGAGAUUGUUCCAACCGUGGAGUACGCUUCUCCGCAACUGGCAGUUGCUGGCGGUGACCCAUCCAGGUUACGUGGCCUUUCUCACCUACGACGAGGUCAAGGCGAGGCUCCAGAAGUAUAUACAUAAGGCGGGCAGUUAUGUGUUCAGGCUCUCUUGCACGCGGCUCGGCCAAUGGGCUAUUGGUUACGUGACGGUGGACGGAGAAAUUCUACAAACGAUACCGCAAAAUAAGAGUUUGGUGCAAGCGCUCCUGGACGGCUACAGAGAGGGAUUCUACCUAUAUCCGGACGGCCGUGACGUAAAUCCUGAUCUGAGCAGCGCGAUCAUAUCACCGGCCGAGGAUCACAUAACGGUCACACAGGAACAGUACGAGUUGUAUUGUGAAAUGGGUAGCACGUUUCAACUGUGCAAGAUAUGCGCUGAAAACGACAAAGACAUUAGAAUAGAGCCGUGCGGUCAUUUGUUGUGUACGCCGUGUCUCACCGCCUGGCAAAUUGACUCAGAAGGGCAAGGUUGUCCGUUCUGUCGCGCGGAAAUCAAAGGCACCGAGCAAGUGGUCGUCGACGCGUUCGUCCCGCCGCGGAGGGGGAACAAUUCGGACGCCAAAAGCACAACAAAGACUGCAGUGAAGCCCGUGUCAUCAAACUCGUCGGGGUCGUCCGGCUCCUCGGGGUGUAACGGAUCGAGUAUAGACGUAACAAUAUCGAGCAACUCCAACGGUUGGACAUCAAGAAAUACGGCCUUCAACGGACUGACCGAUGAUAUUGACGAUGCCGAGGACUGGGCAGAAUUCAACGCGGCGACUUCAACAAUCGACGCGCUCCGCCCCUCCGUCCGCUCCCCCGCCGCCUCCCCGCGGCACUCCCCCCGCGCCGCCCGCAAAGCCCCCGCCCCCAAUGAGAACGCGUAUGGGGAACUAAGAGCCCCCCCGUUACCCCCCAGGAAGAGUCUUUCGCCCGCAGAACCUACUAUUAUGGCCGCUUCGAGCGUCCAAGAUAUAGCUACAGCCAGUGCGCAAGAACCCAGAAGAAGAUCAUCCCUCGAACCUGAGCCAGACUCAAGACAUCGGCUGACAUCUGUGAUCACUGGGUCCACUGAAACCAUCACAGGGGUCAUUGACACUAGGCAUGAGGUGCCACCUCCUGACCCGAGAGCGUUUGAGAAACCCAGACGCGCGUGUACCCCCCAAUCAAACAGUAGACCCCUCCCUGCCCCACCCCCUGAAAGACCACCCGACGAAAGACCGGAACCUAACAAAAACCUACCUGAUAGAAUUGAAAAAAAUGAAACUAAAACGGAGAGACACGACAUUAAAUUGCCAGAACGCCAUGACAAAGAGACGAAAAUUGUAGAUAAUAAACAAGACAGAUCAGAUAGACUAAUAGACGCUGACAAACCACCAGAACGACCAGAACAUAGGCAUUUACCCGACAGAUACGAGAGAGAAUUGAAUAAAAAUAUCGAAAGAAUCGAUAUUAAAAAUGAGAGACCAGAAACUAAUCGACCGGAAAGAUUUGAUAGACAAGAAAGAAACGUACUUGAUACUAGAUUGACAGAAAGAGAUAGAAUAACGAAUUCAGAUAAACAAGACAGAUUAGAUAACAGAGUGCCUUUAGACAGACACGUAGAUAAGGAAAAUAGGAAUAACGAAAGACAAUUGCCUUUGGAAAGUCGGCAAGAAACGAGAGUCAGUCAGAGUAGGAUAGGAAAUCAAUCGCACGGGCAAGAGAGGGAUAGGCAUAUAGAAUUUAGACAUCCGCCAGAACGGCCUCCGGAUAAGCCGGUAGAUAGGUCUAGUUUUGAUAGGGAUAAGGUUGAUAAUCGCGCGCCGCCUCGACAAAGGUCUUUGCCAGCGACUACUAGUGGAAGUGUAGAGCAUCAUCCCACUAAAUCCACGACGAUGCCGAAAUUCCCUUCGGAAGAUGCGAAGACACCUCAGUAUGAAAAUGUGGCCGUGGAGAAGAAUGAGUUAGCGGUUGGUCCAAAGAAAAUCAACCCGCUAACCCACGAUAAGCACGGCCGAAAGUACGGUGACAACGUAUCGUACGAAAACAUUAAUUUGGAUUACAUUGCGCGUUUGGUGAGCGAGGGAUAUCCAAAAGACAUUGUAGUGAGAGCAUUGGGCAUCACACGAAACGAUUUGGAAAUGGCAUGUGAUAUUUUACAUGAAUUCGGGUCGAAAGUACACAAUAAGUGUUAGAUGGAUUCUUAAUUCAAAUGUUCAAGCGUGACCUUAUGAAUACGAUAGCAACUUUUUGUGCCAGUGAUUUCCUAUUACUGGAUUUGUAUAAUUUGAAAAUGGAGUAUAGAUACAACUGGUUAGAGAUAAAGAAAGCUUAAGUGGUUUUUUUCUGUCAAAAGUUCUAAUAUCUUUUUCAAAUUUUAAAUUUUAAUUUCGAAAUAUUAAAAUUUGUACUUUAUGGACGUAAAUAUAAGUCUGAUUUCGGCGUCUCUUUGUGUGUUUGUUAAGAUACAAUAUUUAGAAUUAUUUAAUUUUCCCCUUUUAUUAAGGUACCUACUUUAGAAUUGAAUCAGAAAUUGUCAAUGAGCUACUUCCUCUCGAUUUUGUGAGACACCUGGAUCAGACUUAUUUUUGCUUUAUUUAUGACUUGACAAUUUAUAAUACACAUUUUACAGUCCCUUAUUAGGAAAAAUGCCUUAAUUUUUCUUUGUUCCUUAUUUAAAUACAAAUAUUUCAUUGGUAACUAACUUCGUCAAAUUCUUACAUAGAUUAAAAAAGUGUAAAAUAAAUAUUUUUAAAUAAAAAAAUUCUUGAAAUUAAAGUCAGUUUUUACGUCAUCGAUGAUAUUGGUGUUUUUUAAAUAAUUUGAUAAAUUGUAAAUAAAUUUUUAGACGCCUGUUCAAAUAACUAUUAAAUUCAGGGUCUUUUUAAAACUUGUCUUUUAGACAUAUUUUGCAAAUAUUUACUUCGUACCAUAAAAUCGUAUAGUUGGAGCAUUUUUUUACCGAAAUAUACAUUAAAUGUCGAUAUGUACGUUCCUUACAAUGGCAUUAUAUAUUCCCAACUGUUCCUAAGUUAAACUGUAAAAAUAUUAUAUUAAAUAAAUAAAGAAAUCCACAGACUUACACAAUUUAAAUUGGUUUUAAGUAAUAUAAAUAGGAAAAUAAAUGUGUUAUACCGUUUAUACCAAAACAUUUUGCAUUUACAAAAAUUUUUCAAAAAUGUGACAAAAGUCUUUAGACAUACUUAAUUGAUUUAAAUCUGUGGAUGGCUAUAUUAAAUUAUUAUCCGAUAAAAAUCGAUCAGAAUAUAGUUUUAGACAUAAUCAUAGAGAGGGCGCUGUCACACCAAUUUAAUGAUGACGUCACUCCUUGAGUUAUAGUAAAGCAUUGGAUUGAGCUAUAAAUAGUUGGAUUUUAUUUAAAUUAAAUUUUUUUAGUACCUAAUUUUUGUACGAUAAUUUUGUUCAACAAUUUUCAUAAAAUUGUCAUAUAAAUAAAUACAUAAAUAUAUGUUUCUUUGUCAUUGACUGUUCGUAGGAAACGUAAAAAAAUUACAAUUAGUUUUCUGGAUAUUUAUUGAUUUAACGAUAAAAAAUAAGAUAAUUAUUUUAAAGCAAUUGUCAAUUUUAACCACUGUCAUCCUUUGAUGACGAGUGGUCACUUAUGAAAAGAAAAAUCGUGGUUAAGUCUGAAUCAAUUUUUUUCGUAAAUUCCACCUUAUAAACAAAUCUAUAAAGUUUCAAUUUCAACGCAUUACUGUAAGUCAAGUAAAAAUAGUACUUAUCUUUAAACUGGUGUAUGGAAAGCCCUCAGUCACUGCUUCCGAUAAAACACUGCAAUAAUUCAAGUGAUCUUUUACCUAGCUACCUAGAACGUAAGGUUUAUAGUCGAGUACCUAUAUCUAACCACUUAAAGCGAUAGUACGCUUUGAAUCAUUCAUAACAUUAUUCUUGUAUAAACCAAACUAAAAAGAUCUAAUUCUUUAAUCCGUCUUAUUUAGUAACUAGGCAAUAGUCAAGUUAUCAUUGCGAUACGUGUAUUAUAACAUAUAUUUAAACAUCAAAACAAUGCUGAUUCAUUACGAACACACGUACGGGUAGCAUUUAUACAUAUAAACCUUUUAUCUUAAAAAUCAGCAUCAAUAUCGGUUGUGUAAUUUAAAUGAUCUUAGCAUAAAUACCGACAGACAUAGGGAUAGACGCGGGAAGCGACUUUGCUUUAUACUAUAUGGUGAUACAAAAAUCACAUCGUAUCUUUUAUGCGGUAGCCAUCAUUAUCCCACCACGGGUCUACCAACCUUCCGGUAAUCGUCGCCGAAUCAUGUUGCGUCUGCGCUGCUAUUGAGUUUGCUCUCAAAUACAGCGCACUCUUUCUUGAGUCCCUACAAAAUCUUAAUGGUGUCUUAGCUGUAGACAGUCAAUAGUCCCAAAACUCGAUUGUCAUGUUAGCUGGAUGGCUUAAUGAUGGAAUUGGGAUUGAAAAAAAGGGACAGGGCGCUAGUCCAUCGCUUAAAAAGUGUACCUUAUUCUUCCACUUGCUUAAAUUGGCCUUCUACUUGAUUAAAUUGACGAGAAAGAAAUAUACUUACUCUUUUUUUUUAACGUAAUGUGUUCGAUUCGCAGAUGACUUAUUUGAUACAGGUAUCCCAAAAAAACAGCAUAGAGUAAGUGCCGUAAAGGAUUUGGCAAAGAUUUUAAAAUCUAACUGAAAAAGACACUAUUCUCCUUAGUCAUCUCUAAAGUAUAUAUCUCUAUACUUAUACAAUACACGCAUCGCAAUUUUUCAUUUGUUACAAUUCCUGCAUACUUUUUCUUUAUUAUAGGAAUCAUAAACAAACGCAACCUUUAUAUUGUCUUAAUAAUAUAUUUUUUUCAAUCAGUAUUCAUCUCACAUCCUCGUUAUACGUUAUACUUGUAAAUAUAAUUGUAAAAUACUUAUAUUUUCAUAUUAAAUCGCUGUUUCAAAAAUACUUAUUGUAAUAAUGUCUCACAAAGAAUAUAUUUUUUCAUAUAUUGUGUGUAUAAAAUUUAAUACAAAUUUUUUAACACGUCAACUUAUGACUCUUCGCAAUAUUUAGUGUAUUCAAUUGUUAAUGUAAAUAUAAUAACAUUAUUUUUUAAUAAUAGUUGUUUUUCAUAACUUUUUGACGUAGCUGAUUUUAAAUACUUUUGCACAAUUCUUUCUUUAAACAAUUUUUUAAAUCAUCUCUAAAAACCUUGUCAUAAUUUACAUUAUAACAAGAUCAUUCGUUACCACGAAUUCGUACUCUGAAAAUGUCCGUUAACAUUAUAUUCUUAAUUUUCCUUAUGUUAACUGCUUAGCGAAUUCCUGACUGAGUUAAGGUAAUAUUCUAGUCUUAAUUUGUUUUAUUCUUUGUUAUAAAAACUAUUUAAUACAUGAAAUACAUACACACAGAUUAUAUUAUAUUGGACAUAAAAUUACUAUGAUUUCGAAUUUUGCAAUUCAAAAAAAUCAUAUUUUGCAUAAUUUCAUUUAUAGAUCAAUAAUGAAACAAAUGAUUAUAAAGAAUUUAUUAAAUUCCGUGUGUUUUCGAGAAAAUAACGUAAUUUUUUUUUAAAUCAACAUUUAUAAAUUGUUCUGACUUUAAUCUGAGAUGAACUGUGAGUAUAUAUUUUAAUCUAACACCUGUAAUUAACUACAAUUAUAAUUAAAUAGUAGUGAUAAUAAUACCCACUGACGAAUAUAAUUAUUAAGAUACAUAUCCACCAAUUCGCUAGUCAGGUUUUGCUCUCUACACGCAUUGAGUGACGCGACAACAUAAAGUAGCAUUGUAUGGAAAUUUAUAAAGAAGGUCACACUACGUUCUACGGAAAUGAUUCACACUUGCUAUGUAAUUUUUGUAUUUAUUUAUUAUUUUAAUAUAUAAUUAUAUUUUUGUAAAAAUAAAAUCAUUUAACAUUUGAGUAGAAUAAACUUGCAGUACAUAUAUUUAAGAAACGAAUAUUUUAACUCAGUUUCGCGCGCAGGUAAGUAAGGUAAGGACUCAAAUAAAAUUCCAGUGACUGUCUGUCGUAUCGUUCAAUGCGUUUAGAGGUUUAUUUCUUACGACACUUCUUCAAUAUGAGUUGUGUCAUGAUAGUGAUUAAUAUAAGUGCACACUUACAGAGAUUUAAACACUUAGCAGUGUAAAAUAUUUUUAUGAAACGUAUGUUCCGCGUCUGUAAGUGUGUAGGUGCAUAGUGCAUACCUCUCCCAGUUAUCCUGUAUUGUAUAAAAAAAAUCUGGUUGAUAUGUAACGUAAUAUUAGAUUUAUUUCAAUUAAUUUAACAUUUUUUUAUUAUAUUAGUAUUUAGACAAUAUCACAAGGCUUUGAUUUAACGUCAACAGGAAUGAUAUUUAAAAUUCAAGUUUUGCUAUUUUGCCAACAUUAUAUAAAAACAUUAUUCUGUAAAAAAAAGAAAGAAAGGCUAAUGUUGAUAUCAUUUGUAUGCAUACAAUAUCAUUUGUAAAAAAAUUACUAGGUAUAAUUUUUAGUUUAGAAAAAAGAUUAGCAGUUCUGUAAUCUCGCGAUUUAUCUUAGCUAAUAAUAAAAUGCUUUAAUUUUCUAGCACCUAGGAGGAAAAUAUAGAUACAAUAAGUAGAAAAGUUCCAUACAUUUUUAAUAAACAUUUUCCUUCUAGAUUAUAAAUAAGCGAAGUUACUUUAUUUAUUAUUGCGGACAUUUCUAUUAAUGUAAUAAAGUAUUUUUUAUGAAAUCGUGCAUAAUAUUUUCUUGUCGGUUUAUGUAUUCAAAUUGAUUUUUAUAUAAUAUAACAUUUUUGUAUAAAAACAUAUUGAUUCACAUGUAUUAUAAAAAAAAAUAAGUUGGCUAUUUUAUUGCUCAUAUUUUUGAACUUAAUUGGUAGUUCAAUAAAUGAUAAAAGAUAUUCACAAUUUUUAAUGUGAAUUCUGUGUUCGCCUUAUCGAUUGAGAGAGUUGAAUUAGAUAUUAUUCAUUAAUUCUGAAUUUUUAUUCACAUUAAGAAUCAUAUCGACGGACAAUAUGUGCGGUUGAAGUAACCCUCAUUUUUAGUCUAAUUGCAUUUUAUUAAUGAUUGUCGGUGCAAUUGAGUUUGUGCUGAAGAUGGAACUGUAACUCUACGUGUAUGGGAAAUAAGGACUGAAGUUGUGUUAUCAUCUUUUUAUUGUAAAUCAAAGUUUUUAAAAUUGUCUUUAAUGAAUUUAAGCACAGCUUCAUUACUUUUUUCAAUUUUUAUUUUUAUUCAUUUGUUUUGUUGGUAGCCAAUUCUUUUUAAACUUGACUAUUAUUAUUUAUGGAGAAAUUGUAUUUGUUGAAAUAAUGACUUUGGAAAAUUGUUUUCUAGCGAAUUGAAAUGUGUUUUUCUCAUUUUAUGUUACAUUUUUAUCGAAUACUACUUGUUCAAGUCACGUCGGAAUGUUUCGGGGAGGCUAAAUCUUGUUUUACGCUUUAGUAAGAAUACGUUGCAAAAUAUAUUUAAGUAAAACUAUA